AUGAUCACUAACAAUUCUUUUCAAUGCAUGUGGUCGUUUGUUUUGCCAUACAUGUUCAACCCAGAUCAAGCAAACAUGGGAUCAAAAAUCAACUUUAUCUUCACGGGCAUGUCGUUCAUGUCUUUGUUUGUAUUUUACUUCUUCCAGCCAGAAACUGCUGGAAGAUCGUUUGAGGAAAUUGACGAGUUGUACAACUCAAAGGUUCCUCUAAGAAAGUGGAAGAACCACAAGACUGAAAAGCAGCACGCCAGUGAGGCUUCAUACGGCCAACUCAAGCAAGAAGUCUCUCACGUUGAGUUUGCUGACGAAGAUGACCUCGCUUGA